AUGCAACAAGCACAUCACGAGCAAGUUCAGACACACUCUCAAGAUGUUACACACGACUUACCGUCCUUACUACUUUCUAAAUCACAACCUUUACCAUCUCAAUUGUCAAAACCAUCUUUAAAUGAACGUAUACAAAUCGAGGUUCCAUCAAAUACUCUGCUAGAAUCUUUGGGUCUUGGACAGACCGAGUCACGCUGGAUCCAUGCUGAAAAAUUGUUUCUAGAAGUGUUUUAUGGCAAGCAUUAUAUGCCUGCAUAUAAUGCUCUACAAUCAGCUUCAAGACCACCUCCAAAAGUUUAUUUUAUGCCUAUUUCUUCACAUCGGAUGCAGUCCAAACCCGCUUUAGAUCCUGUAGUCAAUGCAGGAUGUCGCAUCUCACGUCCUCGUACUGCUGAAUUGGCUCCAAAUCUUCGUCGUCGUCUCGAGAGAUUUCGUGAGCUAGAUACCAUUGCUUUUGUCAAGCCACAGGGUCUUGGAACUCCCAUGGGAACUCCUGUUCCUGGAUCUUUUACUGACCAUCGCUCUUCUGCGACUCGUCUGUCCCUUUCUUGUAGUCGUUCAUCAAUGCUGGGCUUAAAUGGUGCACGCGUUCGAGGCAGAUCUGCUUCAGCAGCACGGACACGACUCACCUGCACUCUCUCUCCAGAUAUGCAGCAAGUCUUGGCAAAUGUUUUAGGAACCUCAUUUUUGGAAAAGUAUCAGACACAUAUUGGACUUCUCCCAACCCUGAACCAUAUCUCCUUGAUUGAUAGUCAAAUGAUGCACAAAACUCCUUUGCGUAAAAUCCAAAAAAAGGCUGAAUAUCGCACUACGCAUGGCUUGGGUGUUUUUCAAGCGCAUAUUCAAAAUGAACUCUUGCCAACUUCACAUGGUCAUGCCACAAACUCCAAUGGCCAUUUCUUAGUGCGUCGUAUUACUUCCAAAUAUAAAACACCUAGACAGCCCCCACACCGACGUAUGACUCCACGCCCCGCACAAUCACGACUGCCUGCCAUUCAAAAAAACAUAUCUCAGCUUAUCAACGAAGCUGAUAUUUCGGCAGAACCUUUUUUAUCAACUCUACAAAAAACUCCUACAUUAGAUAGUGAUAUGGUCCCAAUUGAUUUUGAUCAUCACAGUUUGAGCAGCGAACAUGAUUCAGAUGACUCUAACAAUGAACUUGAUGACAUCCAAAUGAUGACACAGGCUAAAAAGCUUGAUGUUUCAAACCAAAACUUAUAUGUUGACUCGAAUGAUAGUUCAAUAGCCCCAGAUCCAUCAUCUGUCUAUGUACAUACUGUGCUAAAAAACUCGACUGUUCCAUCUGCCAAUUCUAUGCGGCGUGCCAAACGUAUCGGAAACGUGUUUCCCUUGGAUUUUUUUAUGGACAAAGAUUGCACACAAAAACUGAUUCUAGCCAUUUCUCAUGCCGAGUUUCCUGAUGGGGUUCCCUGUGUUGGUCGGCUAUGGUUAGAUCCAAAAGGAAAGUAUUUUGAGUCGUUUGAAUGUCUCGUACGAUGCAUAUCUCGACCACACAUGUGGGUUCCCUGCAAGGUAGUAUCAUACAAUACUAUUACAGGCAGAUUUACUGUAAAAUGGAGCAUACCAGAAAUGCAGCAUCAACCCAACACUGCAGUCAACGAAAAAUUGAUUACCGAAAUUAUGCUUCCCGGUGACACGCUUGCAUCAUUAAAAAGUCGUCUCAUGUAUGCAAAGCAACUUCGUGACGAAUUUGAAACUCAUCUUGCGGUUCAACAGUGUAUAAAACUGAUUCGUCCCAUGAUAGAACAUACUUUACCAGAGUUUCCCAAAACAAUUGUCGAGCGCAUUUUUACACUUGCCAAGUCUCAGUUUGAAGCCUCGUUUACUUUUAUUAAAAGGAAAUCAAUUACUGCAGUAUUUGAUGAAAACGAAAUUCAUAUGCAGUGCAAGUACCAGCAAGAGCAGUUUGAAAAUCAGCUACUAGAUAUACAUAAUGAAUUACAAAACGAUUUCAUUAACUCGGAGCUUAAAUCGUUGCUAAUUCAAAAUCGUCAUUUUAAACUGUUUGUGCCAGAUGUAUUGUUUUUGCACAAACAAAACGUCCACCAACACCACGAUGUGGUUCUAUCUUCUGAUUUGGUUGCUGAAAACUUGGUUCCUGUGAAUAAUGGUCACGCCAAUUGCCUCAAGAUGGCAGUUGAAGCUAUUGAACUACAGUUACAAUUUAAAAUAUCAUUGGCAGCUCAGGAUGCGUUAUUUGAACUACACCAAUCCAUUGCUAGUAUGUUUUCUUUAUCUCUUUUGGAUACAAUUAAAAAAGGUGUUACUCGUGUUUGUUCUACUAAAAGUAAGUUGGGCAGUCCAAAUCACCAAGGUGUAACAUGCGUCAAUGAACUUGUGAUGCCAGCUCAAAUUCAACAUCCAACUUCUUUUCCGAAAAGUCAUUUGUUGUCAUGCGAUUACAAAUCACCAAACAUUUACGGUAGAAAGCAGCCACGUCCACUUCAUCCCUCCAAAAAGCAUGAUCAUGAUUCGCUGAUAUUACCACCAACUCAUAAAAUCUGGCCAGCAACUUCUAAUAUCAGUGGGAAUUCAGCUACACUGCUCAAUAUAGAAAGGGUUGAAAAUACAACAAUCCAUCCUAUUACUGAUCACCAAGGAAAUAUAGCCUUUACCCCUGUUGAUUUUUUAGACGUGUGCAAAUGGCUACAGACACAUUUGAGUCAUGUUUUGCAAGAGCUUAUUCCAUCUGCUGCCAGCAUUUGCUUUAAAAAGUUGAUUAAAGCUUUUCAUAACAUAACACCAUUUGAGUGUUCAACUCAAUUAGAUUUCAACGUAUCUAAGCAAGCCGAUAUGGAUUUUAGUGGCGAAGUGCACCGGCGUAUAUCCCGAAUUGUUACUGUAAUGACAUAUACCUUUUUGGCUCCCUUUAUUGACGCGGGAAUUAAUUCAAUUUAUCAAGCUGUCCAACUUAACCAACUCCAUAUUCAACUGAAUACAACGUUUGAUUUGAUUCAAAGCAAAGAUGCAGCAGAAAAGUGCAACAGCAUGGAAUUUGUGCUCGACUACGAAGUUCCAUUGGAUGAGUUGAGCACGCAACUUAAAUUGUGGCUGACUGCCUGGACCAAUCCGAUUUCAUGCAUUUCUCCUGGAGAAUCUUUAUCUAUUCAAUUACCAGACCAUACAUAUACUAAAGUUUUGCUGAAUGACCUUGUGGAUGACAGCAUUGAAGGAUGCUUGUCUCACUUGAACAGACUCAAAGAAAAACUUAUUCCAAGCCUUACGAUUGCUUCAGAAUUACCUGUUCUUGAAGGGAACAUUCAAGAAUAUUUGUCUCAAAACAUUAAAUGUCUUGAUAAAUUAUCAGAGGUCAAAAAGGUCGUAAAAUUCCAUAUGGAUAUUGCUAUACGUGGGUUAUGUAAGAUUAAUCACGACAAUAUUAAAAACAAGGUUUUUUCUUGGAUUGAAAAAGUUCAAGUAAUGAUUUGCGAUGGAAUUAAUCAAACGAUAGAUUCUCGGGCAAAUCAGUUGAUUCUAAAAUGCAACUCAUUGUUUGAACUCAAGUCACCAACCACUUUUGAAGAAACCAAGUCUGCUACGGAAAAGCUGCGCGAAAUGGCUACCGCAACUGAUUAUAUUCGCGACCAAAUUGAUUGGCUCGGCCAUCUCAAGCAGUUUCUUGACGACCGAAAUUGGAUUCAAUCAGAUAUAGGAUUUGCUAAAUUGAUCAAAGUUCGAGCAAUCCAAGAUACUUUUUUCUCGUUUUUGCAUACUAUGGAGCAGAACAUCAAUGAUGCUAAUAGACGUCUCAGCGCAAGUAUUGGUCUUGAGAUUGAAAAACUGUUGAAAUCGUGGGAUAAGGUGGAUUCGGCAGCAGACAUACUAUUCAUACAGCCUAUAAAGAAGGAAGCUACUAUUUCCAAGUUGUCCAACGCCACCAGCUCAUCUGAGGCUUUUGGAUCUUUUACUGAAGUUUUGGAUAGUAAAAUUCACGGAGAAAAAAAAGCUCACUUUUUCAAGGACGAUUCUAAAAAGCUUGUUACUACAACUGAGGAGCAAUCAAACAAAGUUGACGCAAUUCAAAACCCUGACAGAACCGACCAGACUGAUUUUAAUCCUCACGAAUAUGUAAUAUCAGUGAAUGGACUAGCCACUGACAAUAUGGAGCCUGAUGAAUUGUCUAAAAUCAAUCCAAUGUCACAAGACUCGCCUAUCAUUUCAGCACAAAAACAUCAGCAUAAUCAAACUAUAUUACCUUCUAAUCUUGAACAAUUGGAACAGAGUUCAUUUAAGGAUGAUCAAAAAGUAGAAUUAUCUCAUCCAGUUGUAUCCCAACCAAUCAUGACAAUAUCAAGUCCUGAAACAUUUCCUGGAGCAACCUCUUCAAAACUGACGCGUCGCCGCAAAACCGUAAUCAGUCCCAGUUUAUGCAGACCUACCUCUAAUCACACUGGUGUAACCCAGAAACCUCCCAUUCCAAAAAAAUAUACUGGCAUUGAACUAGGCGAGAUUACUGAUGUAGACGCAUCACUCAAGGAAGUUCAACAUCAGAUUUUUGCUAGUAUUGAUGCUGCAAAACUUAUCAUGGCAAAAAUCGCAUGCAUUGAUAACAUACCAGGCGCAAUAGAUAUGGAUAUUGUUAUGGAUAAAAUGUAUACACACAGUAAACUCAUUGGAUGCUUGAUUUGCCUUCGUUCGAAUCUUGUGAAUUGGAGAACCUUUUCCAUAGCUAGCCUUUCCAUUUCAGAAAUCAACAUCACUGCUGCGGAAUUAAUGCAUAUACCCGAAAAGUUUAAUUUGAUGAAUUCACCUAUUGUCAAAGCCAAUUAUGAUGACAUGAUACAAUUCAUGCAAGUGGAGUUGCCGCUGCUAACAAUUUUAAAAAAUCCGAUUUUCCGCGAAGAGCACUGGGAGCAUAUUCGAACACUGAUCCAAUUUGAUCUUCAUAUUGAAACACAUUCUAUUCAAGACAUUAUUGAUACUUUUGGAUUUGAUACGAUUUCUAUUCUUACAGACACCAUUGAGCCCAUUGAAGCUGCAGCAAAUAAGGAAUAUGCAAUAACAAACGUGAUCAAGGAAAUAAAGGAGCGCUACCAGUUGAUGCCCAUUGAGCUUGAAACUAACAAUUGCUUUGGAUUACCUGUAGUCAAAAAUUUUACAAACUAUAUUAGCACCAUGGAGUCUGAUUUACUCACUUUGGGGAUGAUGAUGCCAUCCAAAGGAAUGGAGAAAUAUAGUUUGAUACUAGACGAUAUCAAGGCCAAACUACAUACAGCCAUUGAAGCUAUGCGCGAGUGGGAAAAAAUGCAGCCUUUAAUGAUUAGUGUGCAUGGAUUUUUCGAGUCUGAAGAAGUGCGACUACAAUUAUCUGUUGAGCUACGCCGCUUUCGCGUAUUUGAAACAGGAUACCAUGUAGUUAUCAAUAAUGUACAGACUCACCAGUUGUUUUCUAUUCUUAUUGAAGCGCAUCCAGAUUUACCCAUCUCUAUUGCCGAUAUUCGUAUUGGAUUGCGAAAAAUCACUGAUGACGUACAAGGCUGGCUUGACAAGAAAAGACUGGGUUUUCCUAGACUAUUUUUUGUAUCAGAUGACGAAUUACUUGAGCUUGUAUCCAUUGCCAAAGAUCCAUUUUCUAUACAACAUCAGUUGCCCAGAUAUUUUGAUUUUACCGAAAUGAUAUACACAACUAAUUCAAGCAAAGAAUGUGUUAUCACCGGAGUCAAGUCAAGCGAGGGUGAGUCUGUUUUAUUCAACAAUUCCAUCGAGACACGCGAACUUGGUGUAGAGCAGUGGCUUUUAAAAGUGGAGCAAGAAGUACAGGCUACACUUCAAAAGAUAUUGGUGUCGCACAUGCAACAACUUCAAUUUGAAGGAUUGCACCAACAUUGGUCUACUAUUUUUGAAAAGAUGGUUCACAACACACCGUCUCAAAUUAUUCAACUUGCCUUUCAAAUCAUGCGAACUACAGAGUUGCAGACAUGCAUUGAAAACAACAACACGUCUUCUAUUUUUGAUUUUAUCAAUCAAUCAAAAGAUAAUAUCAAUAGAUUAGCUGCAUUGAUUCGACAAGGAGAUACAAACCCAUCCACUAUACAUAGCUGGAAAGCCAUGAUUAUCCUGGAGAUUAAUUAUCGAGACUGGGGACAGGAUCUUUAUAAAGAUCGCGUUUACGAUGUUACAUCCUUUAAAUGGCUAAAAGGAUUACGCUACUACUUUUCAGAGGAAACAAAUACUGUCAUUGUACGACAAUACCUUCAAAGCGCAGUGUAUGGCUUCGAGUAUGUUGGCUCUACUUCUCGGCUGUGCUGGGCAAAUAUAUCUGAAAGGGGGUAUGCAGCCAUUUGGGGAGCCAUGCACUUGAAAAUGGGGGUCACCGGCUAUGGGCCAGUGUCGAUUGGAAAAACAGAGGUUUUUAAAGAUUUUGCAAGAGCUGUAGGAAAGUUUGCCGUAUUUUUCAAUUGUAGCGAAGGAGUGUCUCCACAAGCUUUGACACGGCUUAUGACUGGCAUGGCAAUGACUGGCUGCUAUCUAUUGAUGACACAUUUGGAUAAACUAGAAUAUACCACAUUGUCAAUUGUAUGGCAAGCAAUCUCUAGCUUACGCGAUUUUGCCGAGCGAAAAGAUGCCGCUUCAGUAUCAUUUUUAGGUCGUAUAAUCAAACUUCCUCCAUCCAGCAAUGUGCCAUUUUUUUCAACUAUAUCACCUGAUAGUUUGACCUCGCCAAAUUUUAUUGCAGCUUUGAGAUCACAAUGUAGACUGGUCGCAUUUGCUGCUCCAGAUCAAGUUGCAAUUGCUUCUGGAUUAUUGCAUAUGGCUGCUUUUACUGAUGCUCAAAAUCUUGCUGAAAAAAUUUCUGCGUUGUUCGUAAUGGCUGGAGACCAGCUUUCUCGACAAACACAUUAUGAUUUCAAUUUGAGAACGAUUCGAACUGUUAUUCGACUUGCAGAUGCGUCCUGCGCACAGGGAAACUCAAACCAAGAAACAAAGGCGGUUGUCAAAGCAAUUACAUCUUACAUUGUUCCAAAACUUAUAUUUGACGAUUUUUCUGUAUUUACCAAUCUAAUAGAAACUGUGUUUGGUGCUUGCUAUAAUACACUGGACACUGAAAACCCAAAACGCGAAUCCAAAUAUGAAAUGGCGAUUUCCAAACUCGAGCCUUUUUCGAUCCAGCAAUUGGUGUUCAAAACCAUAGACCAUUUUAUCCAAAUUAUAGAAACUGGACAGCAUGCAAUUGUUUUGGGCAAGGUUGGCGUAGGUAAAACUUCCUUGAUUCACGGUGCUUCGAGUGUACUUGGCAGUGUUGUGGAUGUUGUGAAUCCUCGGGCAUUGCCUAGCACAUUUCUUUUUGGAUUUCAAGAAUCAACUGGAUACCAAAAGGGAAUUAUUGAAUCAAUUGCUGAUAAAGCAUACAAAUCUUUGGAUAAAAACUUUUGGCUUGUUUUUGAUGGACCUUUGGAGUCAUCAUGGGCAGACUCAGUGUCAAGUAUGCUUCAAAUAGAAGAAGGUGGUGCACUGUGCUUGUCCAACGGAAAACGAGUUAUUCUUGGGUCCAACAUGACUGUAGUGAUUGAAACAGAUAAUCUGGAUAAUGCAUCUGCAGGAUUUGUCGGUCGCUUUAACAUUGUAUUUGUGCGGAAUGAAUGGAGCUGGCGAGCACGAUUGCAGGCAUGGCUUUUAAAUUUUCAAGAUCAUUGUCAAAAGAUGUCGUCUAGCAAUGUCAGAUAUAUUGAUGUCAAAUUGCUAAUAGAUGCAUGCUUUUCUUCAUUUAUGGAGAAAAUCAUUCAAAUCACUACUGAAUACAUUUUUGAAUCUCUUUUUUUGGAAUACGGCAAGUUAGCGGCAGAAAGUCGAUCUAAAUCUGCCAAAUUGUUUACGCGCACUAUUUGUGACUUGAUUGAGGACAUGUUUCACUACUCGGUCAUUUGGUCGUUUGGCGCAUGCAUUAAUACAGAGUUUCGCAAAUUUUUUGAUCAAUCAUAUCAGCGACUAAUUAAUGUUUCUGGAUCCAACUCUAGGCUUGCCACCAUUCUUUCUGGCAAUACCGACAUUUCACUUUUUGACUUGAAGUUUGAAAUUUUUGGAUCUGUUUGGUCGCAUAUGGUUGAUGAUAUCUUUGGGCAAAGUAUUCAAGCAACCAAGAUCUUGAGUAGACAACAGGAGAUUAUUUCCCUUUUGCUACGCCAUAAACAUAAUGUUUUGCUGAUGGGCGAGAUUGGAUCACGAAAAACAUCCACCGCAACACAGAUUAUGUUGGAACUUUGUGAAAAAGAAACAAAUAACAUCAUUGGACAUGCAUUUCCAUUGCUACCCAAGUCUAGUAUCACUGAUUUUACAUCCUACCUUCAAAAAAUACUAGUCGAGGAUGAUCAACAGACCAUUAGUGACCGUCGCACAUACACCCCUGCAAACAAUAAUUCUUUGAUCAUGUUUGUAGAUGACUUGCAAAUAUUGACUUCAAAUGCUUUUGGAUCUAGAACUAUAUGGGAACUUUUUCGAUUUUUUACGGACAGCAAGGGCUAUUGGAGUACACCCUCUACAUUCCGGCAUAUUCAUCGCGUAACCCUGCUAGCAGCAUGCGAUUUACUCCAGAAUUCUAUAGUCGUGCUACCUUUACGACUAAUGAGACAAUUCUCAGUGAUUUUCUUUGACGAAUCGGAUGUUUUGGAAGAUUCUGCACUGAGACAUUUUUAUGCUGAUAUCUAUGACUCUGUAUUGGAUCUUGAAAUAGAAAAUAUUCAGUCGCGGCUUCAAUCUGUUGUCAACUCGACAUUGGAUUUGGUGCGACUUUUAAAAAAGCAAUUGUGCCUCUCAUCAGAUAGUCCAUUUUAUUUAUUUUCCACUCAUGACCUUGAAAAACUGCUUACACGUAUUUGCAUGGCAUCGACUACGCAUUUUUCCAGCAACCAAAUGCUUUUUCAACUUUGGUCAUAUGAAGCGUCUCGAGUAUUUGAGGAUCGAGCACGAUAUAUCGAUCAACCCAUCUUCAAAACUUGUUUGCAGCUAGUAUCCAAGAAACAUUUCCAUAUUGAUAGCUUUAAACCAGCUGAAAUAAUGAGUGAUAUUGAUAUCGAACAACGCUCUAAUCCACAAUCAGCUGGCCAUACAUUUAGUCGGGUGGCUAUUAGAGAAAUGGAUGAAACUACUAUUCAUGAAAUAAUAGAAAAAAGCUGCAACAACUCCAGCAACACUGUUUGGACUCUAUCAGAUUUUUCAGUUGUUCCAGACAGCGCAGUUAAUUUUGUUCGGCUUGAUCGUGUAUUUUCUGCUAGCUGCCACGCACAUGCUAUUUUAGUAUGCCAUCCGGGUCAAGAUUUCUCUCUUGACGUUGUAAAACAAGUAACAUUAGCUCGCUCCUUACCGCUUGCUGAAAUUACAUUUCAGAAAGACAUUAAUCUAGAGCAUUGGAGAUCGUUUGUCAGGAAGCAUGCUACUGAUGCUGGUCUCAAUGAGAUUAGAACUGUAGUAUGCAUUACAUUUAUGCGAGGUGUCGAUAUUCCAGCUGAGGUAUGGGGAGAUCUGCAUGUAAUUAUGGAUGGCGCACGCAGUAGGUAUAUUUGGCCGCCCAACGAGUUUGAAGAUUUGAUGAACAAAGUAUCGCAUCAAUUUCAGAUGAAAAAAAACCAAGUUUUUUCGGUUAGCAAUCUUCAGCAAAACUCCAACCAAAGCAUUUUUGUUAAAAAUGGCAGUAAUCAGCCAAACCAAUUGGAGAUGACCAAGUAUUGGGCACAAAAGAUCCAGCAGAAUGUUAGUUUUAUUUUGCGAAUUGAUGCCACAGAUAUUGAAAAACACCAAUAUUUAUUGCAAUUUCCCCGGCUGAUAUGUAGAAGCACUGUUAUUAUUUUUAAAGACUACAAUACUGCAGAAUUGGAAAUAAUGUCUUAUCGAGCACUUAAUACUGCAUUAAUAAUGCUUGAUAUGCCCAACGAUGAAAUUGAAAGACUCGGCAAGCUUCUAGUGUGCAUUUUUUUGACAGCUUUCAAUUCAAUUAAAGAUCCGGUCCGUAGACAUCAAAACUUUUCUGUGUUGAGGUUCUCUCGUUUCAUUUCUCAGUUUGCAUUGCUGCUUACCGAACAAAAGGCUCAAAUAGAGACCCAGCUAUCUGAAUAUUACACUAGUUUACAACAAACUCAGCAAUUGCGUGAUCGUAUUCAAGAGCAAGUUCAAAAAGGCAAGCAGGAGCUGGUUGAACUGCCACUUCAGUUGACUCGAAUCAAUAAUGAACUGUCUGAACUAUCUAUUGCUGUGAAAACAAGCGAGAGUGAAGCUGCACGAUUAACAAAUGUCAUGAAUGAAAAACGCGAAACUUUUCGUCGACUUGCGGUAGAACGGGAAAUAGCAAUUGCCAAUGCUGGUUUAACCGAGGCAAAAAAUGCAUUUGAAAAUGCUAUUCAGCAACUUCACUCUGUCAAAAAGAAUGAUUUAGAGGAACUCAAAGAAUAUGUUAUUCCUACUCCGUUUCUUGCUCUUGUCUCUGAUGGACUGUGCAUUCUUUUUGACCGGCCUACAGGAUGGAGUGAGGCAAAAAAGCUACUUUCAUCACACACAUUUUUACCAAAGCUUAUACAGUUUGACUGUGGAUGCAUAUCCGAGACCACAAUAGAAAAACUUCGUAAAAUUAUAGAUCAUCCUAGUUUUCAGGCUGAUAAAACUACCAAAAAUGGAUUUGCCGUUUGCAGUCUUAGCCAAUGGCUUCGUGCAAUGCUCAAGUACAGCAAGGAAAUUCGGAUCAAAUUACAUAAAGGGAAUCGCGAAAGUGAAAACCAAAAACCCAUCAACACACUUCCUGUAGAGACCGUGGAUAACGGUGAAGAAGAAAAGGUACUAGAGCAGCUUUGUUUUAAUUGCAGCACUAUGAAAAAACGCGAAGCUCUAUUGCAGAUGCAGAAACAAGAAUUAAGCGGAAGAUUUACAAUUAUCAAGGAAGGAUUUUCAUCAACUAGUAUAUUUGACAGCUCUAAUCCCGAUCAAAUAACUGAAAGUCAAUGGAUCCAACAGGCUUUUCAAAAUGACGGAGUUGGUGUAAGGUUUACAAAUGCAGAAGUUGCACAGGCACAUGCUGAAUACGAGAAGGAGUUGCAAAAUCUACAACUCUUGAAAGAAAAAAUGUCGAGUGAUUUAAAAGACGCGGAAAAUUCGCUAGAUGAUGUAAAGAUUGCCAUUGAAUCUAUGACGCCAUCUCACAUUUCCGAGCUUAUUGAUAUCAAGGAUGGUGGAGUAUUUACUGAUGCUGCCAAAUCUACAAUGAUGCGAUUACUCAAAUUAAAUGAUCAGACCCAUCCCAAAGUCGUAUAUCAAAAGUUUAAAAAUGUUGAUUUACAUUGGUUAGCCAGCUCAAGUGCUGCACUUUUCAAAGAUGUGAUCGACGGCCCUUUGUUUCAAAGAGUUGCAUUCUAUGAUUCCAAAAUGGUAUGCUCAUCUGCAGUUAGUCCAUUUCAAGCUUGCCGAGGAGCAUUUUUGAUUAGAGAUAUUGCUAUUUCGUUGCAUCAAUAUAUAUCAAAAAAGGAUCGUAUUUGCUGCAUUAUUGAACAAUGUCAAAAGCAAGUGAAUAUAAAGAAGGCACAGUUUGAUAAGGAGUGGAGCGCACUAUAUUCGCAUUUGCCAGAAUAUUGGACAUUUGAAAUUAUUGUUCAAAAAUUCAAGCAUCUCAAGUAUUUAAAGUGCAAUCCAACACUAAGACGUCUUUUGGAAUUGGCUUGUAAACUGGUUCAGUGGGAUGGUGGAAUUGCUGAAUUUGAAAAUCGAUUGAUACAAGACCCCUUUUCUUUUGGUACUACCAUUAGUAAAGUUAAAAUUGGGGAUGAGUCUACAAUGCAAGUGUUAAAUAGUGCUAUUCAAAAUACUCCAAUUAGCUCUUUUGAAAUCACGGCUCAAGUUGACAGAGUCUACUGUGAUAUCAUUGCUCGACUACCAAAAAGUAUAUGCUGCAGAAUACUUACAAUGAUGGAUUCAAAAACACUUUGUCAUAUUUCUCUGGUAUCCAAAAAGUGGUGUGAUCUUAUUAAACAUCAGCAAAUAUGGAAAUGGAAAUCGCACGAGUCGGGCUGGGGAAUUGCAUUCAACUAUCCAAAAACUUUGGAUUGGCGUGAAUUCUACAUAAAACUAACCGUUUUGAAGCGAAAACGCAUACCAGAAGUUCAAAAAGUAUUUAGAGAAGACAUUAAUAAUCUUGUUGGUCUCAAAGCAUAUAAGCGUCAGGCAAUCUUCAUGAAACGUGUUCCUGAAUAUUUAAAGCUAGAGCGUCAAGACUACGAUGCCAACCGCAGAUCAAACGAUAUUAUUCAACUAGAAUUGACCAAUGAUUUGUUUAUGGCUAUUGAAGAUCAGUUUUCCUUGUAUCUCUCAGAAACUGAAAGUCAAGCCUUAUCUUUUCAAGCUCCAACCUCUGCUCAGAUACAAUAUAAACAAAACAUUCAAAAAAAUUCAUCUUUGCGACUUAAAAAGGCCAUUAUUACCGUGUCGACAAGUGAACAUUCGUUCGGUAUAAAGCAUGUUCAUGAGCUUAUUAUUGAAAAAGCAUCCAAACUGCACUGUCUUCACAACAGCAUUGAACGUGUCAAGAAAUAUAUCAGUCGUGUUGAUUCUUUUCUACGGAUUGAUUGCCCGACUUUGAUUUUUCAAACAGAAGAUCAGAAUAUUGACCCGCAAAAUCUUACUUUGCAGUCUUCUUCUCCAGGUUGUUUUUCCAUUCUUUACACGUUGUCAAACUGUUUAGAUAUCAUAUACGCUUAUCACAGAGGCAUGCAAAUGGGGAAACAUAUUCAAUUUCAAGUUCGAUUCAUUCGGUCACUCAACCUGCUUUGCACAAGUAUUGAAUCCAAUAUUGCCGAAUUGAAAAAGAAAAAAACGUCUGUUCAAGGAGAUGCUAUACUAUUUGCGUCAACAUGCUCCUUAUUUCCUGCAAUGAAUUUUAGCGAACGCGACCAAGCUCGUAAACUGUGGAUCGAGUCUAUUAUGAAACACUAUUUGAUUCGAGAAUUUCAAGAAGUUAUUUCAGAGUUUUAUUUGACACAUAGCAGAUUUUGGAGUGUUAUGGAAGCAGAUCAAAUUCAAUUGGCCAAUGCACUAUUACUACAUAGCUCAUGCGAUAUGGUGAUUAUGGAUCCUGAUAAUCUUGCAGCCAUUAUUUUAGCUGACCUUGAAAAAGAAUUCAAAAUGAUGACGUGCAUUGAUGCGUUUAGUCCAAACUUUUAUCACGAGCUAGAUAGCCAUAUCAUGACUUCUGGUGUUAUAGCCAUCAAAAAUGUUGGUGCAGAGCCAACAGUCCAUUCCGCAAUCACCAAAUUUAAACUACUACGAUGCCAAGCGGCACAAAGUAUAUCGAAUCUCACCAAUGACAAACAUUGCAAAAUACUGAUUUUUUCACCGUUGGAUAUUUUGGAUGAUUUAGAGCCAACGUUUGAUCGUAUUGACAUUAAUUUUACAUCAGAAACUUUAACCGUUCAUCUUAUAGACGUGAUGUUCAAAGUACUGAAACCAAAAUUUCAUCUUGAUCGUAUACAGCUCCGUACUGACUUUGAAGAUCACAGCAAGUCAGUAAAGCAAUGGUUUUCAAAAAUUAUCGAAGUUGCCAAAAAACACCAAUCUAUUGAAGAAGAAAUUGUUUAUGAUAUCAUCAUGUUUCAACGAAAAAAUGAGGAAACACAAGUACUCAAGACAAAACGCGAAUUGUUUGAUCUUGAUAUUGCUCCAUUAUAUCUAUACUACAACAAAAUAGUAUCAUAUGUUAUUGAAGUAUGGCAAUUGAUGCGACAACUUGAAUCGGUGGACAAGAAAUACUGUUUUUCCAACAGCAUGUUGAUUCAUUGCUUUGAAAAAAGUAUUUUGUAUUUGCUCGAAACAUCGUUUUCUGGGCAACUACAAAGACAUGAUGUAGAUACUGUGCUUGAAAAUUUUACUAGUCUUAUUUGUAACUCACUUGGACGUGCAAUUCACCACUUUGAUCGUGUUCCCUUCUUUGCUCAGCUUGUGAUAGUCAAGAUGCGUUAUUAUGAAAUGCUUUCCAAAAAGGAUUAUUACAGCACCAAACUAGUUGUACAAAAACGCGCAGAAAUCAAAAACGAUUCAGAAUUUACAACUUGGGUUCAUGACAAGUUUAUUUCGCAAGUCGAGGAUCGUCCUCAAUUUAUACAAUUACUAAGUUCCUUGUUGCAUUCAGAUCAACGUCAUUUGGAAAUCAUGUCUGGACCACUGUGUGACCUAUAUGAACGUCGCCUUGCAUUUUUGCCUAAAUUUUUUAUAACAUUAAUUGCGCUACCCCAGUUUGUUGAUGAAGGAAUACAUGAUGUUUUGCAAGAAAUUCAGAGCUGGACACCUCAUGACCGCAACCCUUUAACAUAUUUUUCCAAAGCCUUAGAAUCACCGCACACACUGAUUUUAACACUGUCCUGUUCACCAAAAGACACUAUUCGUAAUAUUUUGUUGCUAAGCGAAACGUACGAUGAAUCACAUUUGCAGUUAUCAAUAAUUAAUGAAGCUGAUAAACUAGCGGAUCGAUGGAUUGAAAAAAUUUCUUUUGCAGCAGAAAAUGAAACGUGGAUUCUCAUCACACUCGAUACAUCCUGGAUGGUCUGGCUUCCUAAAAUCCAUCAAAUCUCAAAGAUGACCUCAAAUGGAUUCAAAAUAUGGUUGAUCAGUCCAUCAUAUUUGACAUGCAAGCUUCCACUAUGGUUAUUUAAAGAAUCUCGAGUUGUAGAUGAUUCUGACAAUAAUGAUCAAAACGCAGUUUUACAAAAAUUGGAAGCAAACGAUUCUCAAUUAGGAGACGCGUAUCGACCUUGGCUUGCCAUUGUGCUUAAAUUCCAUAGUAGUCUAGUGCACCUUUCUCUUCAUUCUGAAAUCUCUUUUCCAAAAUUUAUGGUUUUUGAUGAAAUCGACUACGCUGCACUUUUAAAGCUAUACGCUUUGACAACUCGUAUGAAACUUCCUCUUGAUACGCUAAAACACAUUCUCAUGCACACAGUGUAUUCUUUGGAAUCUCGGUCAGACCACAAUGUUGAGCGAUUAAACUCGCUGUGGAACCAAGUACGAGCUUUGUACGACUCCAUAAUUUCUUGUCAAGAGCAGCCCCUGGAUAUCAUGACCAAAGAAAGUUUUUUGCUUUUUUUUCAAAAGUACAAGACACAAAUGUAUUCCAAAAAAGAAAUGUACGCUCAUAACUUUGGAAAUACUAUCAAUAUAGAUCAUUUGUCCAGAAAGCUAUGCUCAACAUUAGCUAUUCUACAGCAAGAUUGUGUCAAACUAGAUACUGUUGAUGAAGAUCCAAUCAAUGUCAAAUACAAACUCGGUCAAUAUUUGAGUAUUCUACCCGACUCUGUCAGCGUCCGCUUAAUUUACGAAAACAUGGAACUUGCACAAAAUAGUCAUUUCAAGUACUUUUUAUUAGAGGAAGCAAACAACUUUUUGCGAUUGAUUCGUCGUGUAAGAAUCGAUUUACAAGCUCUACUUUCAUCCUUUUCAAAUGGUUAUUCUACCUCGAGUUCAAAAAAAACCAUACAGGCAAUUCUUGAAAACAAAAUUCCCAAACCCUGGAUUCGACGAUCCCAUCCAACAACUGCAACAUUAAGCACAUGGAUACAUGACAUUAGCAAGCGAGUGAAAGCAUUGAAUAAGUGGAUAUCUAUUGGUCAACCAUGGCUGAUUCAUGCUUCUUUGCCAUUCAGUUUACGCGCAUUACUACAUACAUUUCGCAAAGCCUUUGCCGAUAAAUGUCAAACAAGUGUUGAUGCAGUCGAGCUUGUGUUUGAACCUGUUAGCAUGUGCGAUAUUGAUCGCCGUAGUAUUUCAGAUUUGAUGGAAAAACAAGGCGUGGCUAUUGUUAUCACUGGUUUAUAUAUGGACGGUGUCAAAAUUUGUAAAGAUAGCAUUGUGACAAUCAAUGCUGGAGUUGCAAAUAAUCUUCCACUUUACCUUGUUCGACCUUCGUUUCCAUCACAAAAUAAGCUUUUGGUUGGUUCAUGUUUCUCUUCUACUACGUACAUGUCGCAUGAGGAUGCAGAUAUUGUGGAUACACUGAAACCAGUACCACCAUUUCAACUGGAUUUGAAGUCCAAGAUAAAUACACACGCUGCAUCACAAAAAAAGUUGUUUAAAUAUAAAGCAGCACUGAAAAUAUUUGGAGAAAGAGCACCAGUCACUGAGUUAUUAGAAGAUGGAACACGACACAAUCAAAUUUGCGAACUGCAGGUAAAAUCCACUAUACCACCAGACGUGUUGCUUCAACAAGAUCCAGAGAUUUUGGUGGACGUAGCUGAUAAACUGCUACCCAACUAUCUUCAGCCUGGAUACAUUGAUUUAAACUAUUUUCAUAGUUUAAACUCAAUGUCGGAUUCAUUGGACAAAAAUAUGCUUGACACGAGUUACUUUUUUACCGUGUAUGUUUGUUCAACGUCAGACGCGGAUAACGAACGGCGGUAUUUGUUUGAAACAGUAUUUCCCAUGCUGAUGCAAGAUUUGGCAUAUCGUCACAUUGAUUUGCAUUUUGUAGACAUGAAGCUAGACUUGAGAGAUGGUGUGGAUCCACACUCUCAACUACAUGCAGCAUGCACUCAAAUCAGGCGUGCAUCACUUUUUAUCGGUAUUUUUGGUGCAAAAUUGGGACCAGUGUUUCAAAAGCAAGAUAUCUCCUCAUAUAUUAUGGAAACCUAUCCUUUUCUUAAGCAGGAAUUGGCAAUCCCCAAAACAAUCACCGAACUCGAAAUUGCAUGUGCGCUUCAAGAAACUGAUUCUCGCUAUUCAGUAAAUGCACAACGGGCAUGUUUGUUUUACUUUCGUGAUCCAAACUUUUCACGAUCCAUGCCAAAAAGCUUUAGAGCACAGUAUGAGCCAAAUGAUUUAGAAGAAAAAGCUAAAAUCAAUCAACUUCGGAGCAAAAUGCUACAAGAAUUUCCUGAUCGUUGUGUUCCACAUUAUUCAGGUCAUUUCACACAAGUUAUUGGCCGUGAAGUUCACAUGGGCGGUCUUGAAAAGUAUGGCGAGCGAUUGCGCAGCGAUUUGUUGAUGCAAAUUUUAGAAUGUGUUAAAAACCAACGACGAAAAAUCGGUAGGGCUCCUUUUAGCUCACUUGUUCCAAAAAAAAAUAUUGGACGUGAAAAUAUCACAAGCUUGAUUAUAAACUCUGUAUGCUCGCCUAGUACGUUGUUUUUGCACGAAAAAAAGUCAAAAUUUUCACCUGCAGUUCUUAUAUAUGGGCCAUCAGGAUCAGGAAAAACCGCUACUUUAUCGUACCUAUGUAGAGAAUUUGUCAAGCGGGACGUGGUUGUACUUCACAAUUUUGUUCGAACAUGGGUCAGUUCAUUCAAUGUGGACUCGAUGAUUCGGCGAUUUUGUAUUAAACUGUUUGGUUAUUUACGAGUAAAAAAUCGGCAACUUCCUGUAAACUCGCGGAAGCUCCGACAGUACUUUAUCGUUCUUUUGCAUGAAAUUGUUUACUUUGGAAACAAAGUGGUGAUUGUUAUUGACGAGGUUGAUCGCAUGGUUGAUAGCCACAAUCAUCAUGAUAGUUUAUCAUGGAUGCCGCAUCCAUCAGAACUUGGGAUUGAUGUACGUGAUCAUAUAUUUUGGAUUUUUAGUGCUGCAGACAAUCAAAUCUACGAUACUAUGCAGCGUAUAUAUCACGAUGCAGCCAGAAUUUCACUCGAUGCACUAACUGAAGAUGACAAACGCAAUAUAAUUAUCGACAAGUCUAAAUCAUUUGGAUUGAGGCUAGACGCUCGGUCAAUGAAGCUACUUCUUGGUCAUCCAGCAUCUGAUAGUCCAUUGUACUUGCAUUUGGUUUUCAAAGAAGCCCAUUUGAAUAUGACUAAAACACACUUCCAGUUUAACAACUACAUUCUAGAAACAGUCGAGCAUGUCUUUGAGCGAAUUUUUGAACGAAUGGAAAAACGCCAUGGUGUAGACUUGAUCAAAAAACUUUUGGGUUUUAUAAGUAUUGCACGAAAUGGUCUUCGAGAAGUUGAAAUUAUUGGACUGCUAAAAAUUGGCUUAUUGGACUGGAAUCUACUAUUUGAAUCGAUUGAAGAGUAUGUUAUCAAGACAAGUGCUGGCUUUAUUAUAUUUUUUCACGACCAGUUUACUUUUGCAGUUAAGCAUAGAUACUUGAAUGAUUUGCAUCAGUUGGAGCAUUAUCACCAUAUACUUUCAGAUUACUUUAUUUCCAUCUGUGAUCCAAAAGGCAAUUUGACGUGGACAGGUAGCAAUGCGAUACGAGCUAUAGACAUCAGCUAUCAUCAAUUUCACGCUAAGCGACCAAUUUCUGAAAUAUCAGUUAUAAUGUGCUCCAUUGGGUUUAUAUCUGCUGUAUUUGCAUCCAAUCUUGCGUACGAGCUUUCUGGUCAAUUUUGCAAAGCCAUUAAACUUGCAGUAUCUGCCACAAAUCCCACGAUACGAACUAAACUCACAGACUACAACUUUUUUGCUGAGCAGCAUAGUCGCAGCUUAGCCAUGUAUCCAAAGCUAGCUUAUUCCUUGGCGUUAAACCUGCCAAAUGGAUUCUGCUUGCAUGUUCGCGAAGAAGCACUACAAGCAUAUCAAAACAAAACAAACUUGGAUCCAUUCUUAAACUGUCUAUCGCUUACUGAAGAUCAACUUGAAAUGGUGCCACUUGGAAAUCACCAAACGAACAUUAUUUAUAUUGGAGUCAUUACAAUCAGCGAUCUUGGAAAAUGCUGUAUUUCUGUUUCCACAGAUGGAACAUUGAAUGCUUGGAAUAUUGACACAUUUUUGCAUAUUUCGACACUUGUUGUAGAACCUUUGGGUGACGACACAGUUGUGCAAUGUUGUUUUGGUUUGAAUGAUUCCAAAACUGUCGUGUAUGGAACACAUAAUGGACAUAUUUGUGUAUACAAUACCGGUAUAGGACACAUGCAUGCUCGUAUUGAAAAUAUCUAUACUGGCGGGAUACUUUUUUGCUCCGACAAUCCUGACGGGGUAUGGCAACGUGGACAUGAUAAAACAUUGCAAUGGGUGCAAUUUUCAACUCAAAGAGUGAUCAAUGUCAGCAACUAUCAGCAGGAUAUGUUGGAAUCCAAAAAUGCUUCUGUAGCUGCUACGUUGAGGCCCACAUCAAAGGAUGGGAGAGUUGAUAAGAUAUUGGCUCGAUCUGUCGAUGGGAAAAAGAUUGCGUAUUUGAUUCUAGACAAACGACAUUGUGUUGUGGUAAUGGCAACAAAGACUAUGCGCGAAGUAUGCAGAUUUGCAGAAGAUGGCGUGGGCGAAACUUCCAUUGGGCAGUUCUCUAUAGGAAAAGACUUGCUUGCUGUAGUUUUAUCGAAUGGGGAUGUCAUGCUCUGGAAAAUUGAUACUCAUUCUCGGGUCGCCUUGGUGCGAAUUCCAAUUGAUACCAAGAUAUCUUGCUUGAGCAUUUCCAACGAUGAAAAUUUGCUGUAUUUUGGAUCUACCUCGAGCCUUGUAGGCAUUGCAUGUACAAAAACAGGAAAGAUUGUGAAACGCCUUUCGAUUGGGGAAAAGAAAAUACUUGGCUGCAUGUGCAUCGCAGCGUCCAAAGGCCAAGAGCGUUUUUUUUCAGCUUCAGACUCGAGUCUAUUCAUAUGUGAUAGCCAAUCAAAUUUGUAUACGAGUAUUACCAAAGAGGCAUUUGAUGCAAAUCGUGAGCAAAUCCCAUCAAGACAUGCAGCGCCUAUCAAUGCAGUUCUGGCAUUUAAACCGCAUCAAAGCCAUAAACUAGAAGCAAUAUCGACAUCCAAAGAUGGGAGAUUGGUCGUCUGGUCAACUUGCACAGAUCUCAAAAAGUUUGUACCAGUGCGUCAAAAUUUUGUUGCAGAUGAUCUUACAUCGUGUCGAAUCCACCAGUCUACAGGAUUUGCUAUUAUCACUUCAAAAAAUGUUGCAAUUGUUUGGAAUGUUGAACAUGCUCAAGAAGUACUUCGAAUCAGUCACACACGUGCACUUCGUGAUGCUGUAUUGAUGAAAUUUCAAAAGGACCAAGAAAACAUGCGAUUAUAUACUUGGGCUGUUGACGGAGAGUUGACAGCAUGGAAGUUGGUUGGUCGGCCAAAUUUAUUUGUAACGUAUGAUCCAAAACCACUUUUUUGUCGAUUUGUUACGCAUUUUUAUACCAACUCUCUGUCUUCAAGCAUGAGUGAGCUGCUUGUAGCAUGUGAUACUACGGCUAUGAUUCUGGAUUCGCUAACGGGAAGCGAAAUUCGGAGAUUUGAUACACGAGUUCAAGAAACUAUUAUUGAUCUUACAUGGUUAUAUAAUCCAGCUGGCCAAGCUCAAGUUGUAUAUACAACCAAGUCAACACUAUUUAUUGAUGGAAAUAUUUUGUCGUAUGGAGGAUCGCUUGGAGAUUCAAUUCAGAUAGAUACGUGCAAAUACGAUAAUUCAGGAACUUAUUUAGGAUACUCGGGUGUACAGUUUCAUGAAAUGGUGGCUGGAGAUUCAAAGCUGGAAAAACCAGUUGUUGGUAUUAUCACAGUCAUUGCUUUGAAGAGCAAUGAAAAGAAACGCAGACUUUGCACACUUAUGCACGAUGGAGCACGAAUUGUGCACUGGAGUUUUAUGCAUGAUUCCAACUACAUUGUCACUGUUACAACCGAUCUGAUGAUCCGAGUAUGGGACAUUCAAGAUCCAUUGCAAUCAGCAAAUGUUGGAUCUCGAGAUAAAAUACAAACACCAAUGCAACACGAUACCUUUGGUUUUAAAGAUGACAAGAUUUCCUUUGAAAACAUAAAUGCAACCGUUACGGACGAAUCUUCUUCUACACCUAGUCGACCCAUUCUCUCGUCUGCACGAUCUGGUCGGCGAAUUUCCGUAUCUCAACAUGCCCGAUAUAUUGGAACUCAGAUUUCAGGAAAAGUAGGACAUGUUCGAGCCAUGUUUCCAUUACGUUCCCCAUGCACAUCUCUUGAGAUUUCUUCCGACGAUUAUAUUUUUUAUACUGGCAGCGAACAAGGCGAUGUUUUCCAGUUUCGUUUUGAGUUUGGACAGAAUAUUGUUUCAGAACUCUCUUAA